CUCGUUAAACCAUCCCUCCUCUCGUCCCACAUCAUGUCCAACAAAGAUUAUUACGCUGGCGGCCAGCAGCAGCAGCAACAGUAUUACCCACCACAAGGUAGUGAUCCUACGUUCUAUGCGGCGACCUUGACAGACCGAUUGAAUUUUUUCUCCUAUUGCCGCAGGUCCACCUCAAGGACAGGGUUACUAUCCUCAACAGCCGCCGCAGUCCUAUCAGGGGUAUGGCGGUCAGCCAGGUUACCAGCCCCAGCCCCCACCACAGACAGUCUACGUGUACGCCUUCUAUAUAGUUACUACACACAUGAUAUUAAUCGAGUUCGAAAUGGUGGCAUUGUUCGUUUUCCAGUCAGCAACCUGCCCCGCAGCAGUCAUCGGGUGGUGGAACGUGCACAGCGUGCUUGGCGGGUGUCUGUUUGUGUUGCUGUGCGGAAGGUGCGUGUCGAGCAUUCUUGCCUCGCCGUAUUGUGCUUACAAGGAUAUAUCCUGUCAGAACUAUGCGACUGUCUGUUCUAGGCGUCUCACCCUCUCAUCUCACAUUUUUCGCCGAACCCAUCGGGACGCCGUCUCUUCUGAUUGAUCCACGUUUCUAAUAUAUAUUUGACUGUACUCUUCCCUUUUUAACGGUUUCCACGCUCUUCACAUCCAGUUACACCCCGUGUCUGUGGAUGUCCGGCCACUGACUUGUAACGGCUACGGCAUGAUAUGAUAAUGUUUUUUGUGAUUUUUUUGACGUCC